AUGGCAAGGAACUUGAGCAGUCCCAAAAGUUGCUCUGGCAGGUGUGGCGAUUCGGUGAAAGGAUCAAAGUCGAGCAUCAAAUAUCGAUGGAGGUACAAUAAUCAGGAACAAGGGCCGACAACCAAGGCACAAGACCUGAAUAAAAUGCCGAAUAUUCAAAAUGAAAUAUGGAAAGAUGUGACCGAAAACAUGAAACAAGAAGUAGGAAUAACAAAGAAAGUAUAA